UAGGUCGUUACACGUACAGUGAGGCCUCCAAACUACUCCAUCGACCUCCCCUCUCGUCUACCAGACCCUCGCUAACUAUGUCUCCUCCAACUUCUGGGAAAAGCAAAGAGUCAGGGACUGCCCGGAUUCUGGGGUCUGGUGCAUCCGGUGUUGCUGAGUUGCUUGUAUUUCAUCCAGUCGACACAGUAGCAAAACGACUUAUGAGCAAUAAAGCAAAAGUGUCCUUCUCAGCGCUCUCCCCGAUCGUAUUCCGCGACUACGCUACGGCUUCGUUACCCAAAAAACUUCUGUCUCUCUUCCCCGGUCUUGGGUAUGCAGCAGGGUACAAAAUUUCCCAACGGAUAUACAAGUUUGGUGGGCAGCCGUGGUUCAAUGAGAUCAUCACCCGACAUUACAAAGACGAUUUCACGCGCGUAUUUGGUGAGAGGAAGGGGAAGAUGAUGAUGCAGGCGACUGCUGGCAGCUUGACCGGUAUCGGUGAAGUUGUUCUACUUCCUUUAGACGCCUUGAAGAUAAAGCGACAAGUCAACCCCGAGGCGUUCCGUGGACGAGGAGUUCUCCGGAUUUUUAUGGAAGAAGGCACCACCUUAUACCGUGGAUGGGGCUGGACCAUGGCGCGUAAUGCGCCAGGCUCUUUUGCGCUCUUUGGCGCGUCGGCGGUUACGAAGGAGUACGCCCUUGGUGUCACUGACUAUUCCAAAGCCACGUGGACCCAGAACUUCAUUGCAUCCAUCGCAGGAGCUGUUGCGUCGAUCACGAUUGCAGCACCCCUUGACACAGUCAAGACUCGUAUCCAAAAUGCAAACUUCGAGCAGAAGGUGCCUGGCCUAACAGUCGUGAGGGACCUUAUCCGAAAUGAAGGCCCUACGGCGUUCUUCAAGGGCUUGACCCCCAAAAUUCUUGUCGUUGGGCCGAAGCUGGUCUUCAGUUAUACCCUCGCACAAUCACUAAUACCCUUCUUUGGGAAGUACGUAUGAACGGUAAAACACAUCACUUAGUCUAUGAUAUCCGAAUGCUGCCUGGUUUUGGAUGCUGCUUCCGACCCCUGGCGCCUGGACAUGGGUUGCAGCCUUGUUCACUUUGCUACACUGAUCUAUGUAGAAGCAACAAACUAUUAAUGACACCCUACUUUCAAAAAAAUUAAGUCGUCAAGGACGAACGUGGCAGC